UUAGGGUAUUAUUCUAAAAUUAGUAGCACUUCAACCGCGAUUUAUGAAAUUUCCAUAUAAGGACUAUUUUUAGAGAUUUUUCAUUAAUUUUUAAGUUAAAUUUAUACCAAACUCUAUAAUGUCACUCUCAAGAAAACGAUAUGAAUUAGAACAAACAUAUCCCUCUUUACCUAGAACGACCCGCGGUCAGAGCAUUGUUUUGGGAGGAGAUCCCAAGGGAAAAAACUUCCUUUAUACUUAUGGAAACAGUGUGAUUAUUCGUAAUAUUGAAGAACCUUCGAUAGUUGACAUAUACACUCAACAUUCCACCCAAACAACCGUCGCUAAAUAUUCGCCCAAUGGAAAUUAUAUAGCUUCUGCAGAUGCAUUUGGAAAAAUACGUAUCUGGGAUGCCAUAAAUCCUACCCACAUUCUUAAAAACGAGUUUCAACCAAUGUUCGGUGCUAUAAAAGACUUAUCCUGGUCUCCAGACAAUCAAAAGCUGGUUAUGGUGGGCGAAGGAAAAGAAAAGUUCGCCCACGUUAUGAGUGCCGAUACGGGUACCUCUCUGGGCGAAAUAAUAGGUCACUCUCGCCCUAUCAACUCGUGCGAUUACAGACCGAUUCGUCCUUUUAGAAUCAUAUCUGGUAGCGACGAAGGCAAUAUAGUCGUGCAUCAAGGACCCCCUUUCAAAUUUCAUUGCGCAAUUGAAGAACACAAAAAAUUUAUCUUUUGCGUACGGUACUCACCAAAUGGUAGCCAAUUUGCCUCCGCCUCAGCUGAUGGAAGGAUUUUGAUAUUUGAUAGCGAAACCUGCGAAAAGGUAGCAGAAUUGGGUUCCCCAGCUCACGGCGGCAGCGUUUACUCGAUAAGUUGGGACCCUAACGGAACUCAUAUACUCUCUUCUUCCGGCGAUAAGACUUCCAAGAUAUGGGACAUUAAUACUAAACAAAUGUCCAACUGCUUCAAGUUCGGAAACGAUGUUGACGAUAUGCAAGUGGGAAAUUUGUGGCAAGGCUUCCAUCUGCUAUCUGUUUCCUUGUCUGGUUAUAUAAAUUACUUGGAUCCGAAAGUGGCCGAACCAGUGAGAAUAUUACAGGGUCAUAACCGUCCCAUAACAGCCAUGUGCGUUACUCCAAACAAUACGUUCGUUACCGGCUCAGUUGAUGGGCAUGCAGUGCGCUGGAGCCUGGAGAAAGGAAAGGAUCCCAAGAGAUUUACUGGCCAUGCUCAUAAAAGCCAAGUUAAUAGUUUGGCUAUUAAAGACGAUACAUUGGUUUCAUGUAGUGUUGAUGAUACGGUUAAGUUUUCCGACAUUAGCAAAGCUCAAUGGGGUGAAAAAAGUGUUAAGUUAGAAUCACAACCUAAAUGCUUGGCCAUAGGCAAAAGUGGGAACGUGAUCGUGGCCUGUUACAAGAGUGUUACAUUUAUAGACGCCCAAGGAAAUGUGGAAACCAUAAUUCCUAAAACCUAUGAACCCUUAUCCGUGGCAAUUAAAUCUGAUGAUUCCAUCGUAGCUAUUGGGGCUUCUAAAGACCAAAAAUGCCACGUUUACAAGCUGACUAAGAGUGGGAAAGAUUACGUACUUGAAGCCCUGAUGGAAAUCCCGCAAACAGGAUCAGUCACAUCCGUAGAUUUCUCAUCUGACGGAACUUCUUUUGCUUCCUCUAAUGCCGAUAGAAGGGUCUUUUUGUACAACGUCAGCGAUUAUUCGAAAGCCAAUAUGUUCGACUGGUGUUUUCACACUUCCAGGGUCAAUUCUGUUAAAUUCUCCCCCGAUAAUAAGCACCUGGUUAGUGGUGGAACCGAUAGCAAUAUAAUGGUAUAUUUCAUGGACAACCACAUAACCGUUAUUCAAAUUUUAAGCGCUCAUCCUCUUAGCACAAUCAAUAAAGUUGAAUGGUUGAAAGAUGAUACUGUUAUAUCUGCGGGUCAUGAUGCAUGUUGCAAAGUUUGGAAAUUGUUUUAUGAUGCUACAUGAUUGGGUAUUAGUUUACCCAGAGAACGUUUGCUAAAUAUAUGAAUACUUAUAAAAAAUACAUAAAGCUUUAGUUAAAUUUUUAUAGUAUUAUGCCAAAAAUGAAUUUUUAAAGAAUUACUUCGCAUUAUUUAUCUAGCCAAUUUUGUAGUGAUUUUUUAUUUUAUUUAAUCCAAAAAACAUGAAAUUUAUUUUUGUAAUUAGUAGCAUAAAAACAUC